AUGUUGAAGAACAUUAUGGGCAGCAUGUGGGCUCCCCUGCUCACCCUCGGCGCGCUGGCCCGCGCGGCGGACACGAAGCCGCAUCUGCUCUUCGUGCUCGGAGACGACGUCGGCUUCGGCGACGUCGGCUACAGCUCGCCGGAUGUGAUUUCGCCGACGCUCGACCGGCUGGCGGCGGAGGGGCUCAAGCUCGGCAGGCACUAUGCCUACAUGUGGUGCGCGCCGUCGAGAGCCGCUUUGUUGACCGGCUAUUAUCCGUCGACGACGGGCGUCUACUCCACGUCGGGCGCGCAGAACGCGCUGCCGCUCGAGUUCGCGCUGCUGCCGGGGCUGCUCAGGGACCGCGCGGGCUACCGCACGGCCGCGGUCGGCAAGUGGCACCUCGGGUUCAUGAGCGAGGCGGACCUGCCGGAGCGCCGCGGCUUCGACGGCUUCUUCGGCUUCCUCGACGGCGGCGAGGACCACUACUCGCGCGUCGGCGCGGGCGCGCCGGGCUGCGACCGGGUCUUCGAUCUCUGGGACAGCCGGCGGCGCGGACCCGCGACGGACGACCCGAGCGCCUUCGGGCGCUACAGCGCGGAGCUCUACGGCGAGGCCGCGGCGGACGCGAUUCGGGGCCACGACGCCGCGGAGCCGCUGUUCCUCUACGCGGCGUUCCAGGUCGCGCACUCGCCGCUCGAAGUGCCCCCGGCGAAGUAUUUCGACGCCUACGCGGACGCGGCGCUCUGCGCGAACGCGUCGACCAAGGGCUUCGCGUGCGCGCGGCCGGGCGCCGACGCGCCGUACCGCGCGCCGAACCACGACUGCGGGUGCGAUCGCUUGGUCGUGGCCGCGAUGGUCACGGCGCUCGACGCCGCCGUCGCCAACAUGACGACCGCGCUGGCGUCGAAAAAUAUGGCGGACUUCGUGCUCGUCUACAGCGGCGACAACGGCGGACCGGAGAUCGAGGGCCACUGGAACGGCGGACUCCGGGGCGGCAAGUGGACCUGGUUCGAGGGCGGCGUGCGGCCCGCGGCGUUCGUGCACUCGCCCUUGCUGACCCGGAGGGGCUGGCACAACGGCACGCUCCACCUCGUGGACUGGCUCCCGACGUUCCUCGCGCUCGCCGGCGCGGCCCGCGACGACGACGCGUUCGACGGCGCCGACCAGUGGGCGUCGCUCGCUUUCGGGGCGGCGCCCGCGCGGGAGGCCACGCUCAUCGGUCCGGGCGUGCUCGUCCAGGGAAACUACAAGCUGUACGCGGUGCCGCCCGCCGGCUUCGGCGAGUGCUCGGUGUUCAACACGGCGACCUGGGACUGCACGCUCGGGCGGCGCGGGCAGCCGCUGGCCGCGCCCGCGGACGUCAAAGCGGACGGCAACGCGUCUCGGUGCCCGCGGCUCCAGUGCUCGGCCGGCCCCUUCGACGACCCCGCGGACGCGUGGCUCUGCUCCGCGCCCUGCUCGCUCGACAAGCCCUGCCUCUACGACGUCGUCUCCGAUCCCGCCGAGGCGCGCGACGUCGCGUCUCGGUUCCCGGACGUCGUCGCGGCCAUGGCCGCGGCGCUCCGAAACCACACGAUCCGGCCGCCCUACCCGAUCGUCCCGGACACCAACGGGUCCCGGUAA